AUGACAUCCACACAUGACGACAGCAAUAUGGAUAAAGAGUAUCCAUUUAAAUUAUCCGAUCCUGAUUUACUACGCUCUGAUUGCUACAUCAACGGCGAAUGGGUGCCCUCAGUCUCGGGAAAACGAUUUGCCGUAGAAGACCCAGGUUCUUUACAGCCAUGGACCUCGUGCCCAGACUGCGUACCUGAAGAUGUUGACCAGGCUGUACAAACCACAUACACAGCGGCUAAAUCGUACUCAAAAUUCACACCACGGAAGCGCGCUCAAUUAUUGGCGGAAUGGCAUCGGCUCAUUCAAGCCUCGCGAGAUGAUCUCGCCAAGAUCUUAGUCUAUGAGACAGGGAAGCCCUUGUACGAGGCAUACGGCGAAAUUGAUUACGGGUUAACAUUCAGCUGGUGGUUUAUUGGCGAAGCAGAUCGAGUCCAAGGCCUGACAGCCUCAAGCUCAAUCCAAGAUCGACGGGUGGUUACCAUCAAACAGCCUAUUGGUGUUGCUGCGGCUCUUGUGCCUUGGAAUUUUCCUAUCGCCCUGGUUAUGCGCAAAGUUAGUGCUGCUUUGGCUGCUGGAUGCACAAUGGUCGUGAAACCAUCGCCAGAGACCCCUGUCACUGCUCUUGUUCUAGCCAAUCUCGCUACUAGAGCUGGGUUCCCACCAGGAACGUUGAACGUACUGACGACGAGCCUCGACAACACGCCCGCCGUCUCAAAGGCUCUUUGCGUCCAUCCACUGGUCAAAAAGGUUACAUUUACUGGAAGCACCCGGGUUGGAAAAAUUGUUUCCGGGCUGUGUUCCGAGAACCUGAAGAAAUCAACACUCGAGCUAGGCGGUAAUUGCCCGUUUAUUGUUUUCGAAGAUGCAGAUCUCGAUUUGGCCACCGAGCAACUGAUGGCCCUGAAAUGGCGACACGCUGGUCAAGCCUGUGUCACAGCCAAUAGAGUCUUUGUUCAUCGCGAAAUUUACGAAAACUUUGUACAUCGGGUGGUGGAAAAGACAAAGACUCUCGUCGUUGGACAUGGCAUGGAUCCCAAAACAACGCUGGGUCCGAUGACCGUUGCUCGCAGCCUUGAUAAAGUGGAAGAACUCGUUAGAGAAGCUAUCUCCAAGGGAGCAAAACUGGCUUUGGGAAAUGGCCGCCGACUCGAGUUCAAUGAUAGUGAGCCAAACAAAGGAUAUUUUAUGGCUCCAUGUAUUCUGAUAGACAUGAAUGAUGACAUGUUGAUGAGCUCCGAAGAAACAUUUGGUCCGGUCUUAGGGAUUUAUCCUUUUGAUUCUGAAGAGGAGGUGACUGAACGCGCUAACAACACCCCUUUUGGUCUUGCGAGUUACGUUUUCACAGAGAACGUCCAUCGUCUUUGGAGAAUGCUAGAAAACCUCGAGGCAGGGAUGAUAGGCUUGAACGCUGGAAACAGUUCUGCUGCCGAAGCACCAUUUGGCGGAAUUAAAGAUAGCGGUUGGGGAAAAGAGAGUGGCAAGGACGUUGCAGUAAAUGAGUUUAUGAUUUCCAAGACCGGAACAUUCACUAUUACUGGUAAUAAAUGA